GAUUUGAGUGCUUCCGGUUGAGGAAACAACAACAAGCGAAGUCGAUGGUUGAAUGGCACAAUUAAACAAAACUCAAUAGUUCUAUAAGAAGAAAUGGAAAAUAUCAAAAUACAAACUGGCUUGUAAAAUAAUGAAUGCUGCCAUUGCUGAUAUAUCAAGUGAAAAACUGGUUCAUACAGGAACACCUGUACAAAGUUCCCCAUCAAGAGCCCCUAGAUCUUUCACCAAAUAUGGAGAGUUAGUUGUCUUAGGGUACAACGGACACUUACCUAGUGGUGACAAAGGAAGAAGAAAGAGUAAAUUUAUCUUGCAUAAAAGACAGACAGGAAAUGGAGUCAAACCAUUCCGUAAACAUAUUGUUAAAAACCCGCAUUCCGCUAAGGCAGUACAAGAUUUACACCAGCACUCUGUGACAUACACCUUGUCUAGAAACCAGGCUGUCAUAGUGGAAUACAAGCAUGAUGGUGAUACAGAUAUGUUUCAGAUUGGAAGAUCAUCAGAAACACCGAUUGAUUUUGUUGUCAUGGAUACCAUUCCUGGAAAUGAGAGGCUGGCUACAGAUAAUAUAACACAGAGUACAAUAUCACGGUUUUCUUGUAGAAUUGUAGUUGAUAGAGAUCCACCAUACACUGCUAGAAUCUAUGCUGCAGGGUUCGAUUCUGGCAAAAAUAUUUUCUUAGGGGAAAAAGCAGUAAAGUGGUACUUGGGAGAACAGAUAGACGGCUUAACAACAAAUGGUGUAUUUAUUAUGAAGCCUCAUGGUGGGUUUAAUGCCAUUGCCUCCCCUGGUGUGUGGAGGGAGAUAUCUGUUGGUGGUGCUGUGUAUCCACUCAGAGAGUCAAGAUCGGCUCCUUUAAAGAGUAAUCAGAUUACUGAAGAAGAUAAUAUAUUAUAUGACGGUACUCUCAUUGAUCUUUGUGGAGCUACAUUACUCUGGAGAUCUGCCAUGGGGUUGGUUGCAUCACCGAGCGAACACGAGUUUGAAAACCUAGUGGAGACUAUAAACGCUGGCCGUCCUCAGUGUCCUGUAGGUUUAAUGACUCUUGUUUUACCAAGUAAAGGAACAUUGGGUGCUGCAGAUAAACAACCAUAUGUUUAUCUCAAAUGUGGUCAUGUCCAUGGCCAACAUGAAUGGGGACAGAAAGAUGAUAGUAGGACCUGUCCUCUUUGUCUAAUGGAUGGUCCAUUUAUAAAAUUAAAGAUGGGAUGUGAACUAAGUGUGUAUGUAGAUUCUGACCUUCCUACUCAUUGCUUUAAUCCAUGUGGUCACAUGUCAUCUAAAAACACUGCAAAAUACUGGUCACAAGUUCCUGUCCCUCAUGGUUGUCAAGGUUUCCAGACAGUUUGUCCAUUCUGUGCGACGCCAUUAUUGGAUCCUCCAUUUAUUAAGUUGAUAUUCCAGGACAACACUGAAUAAUCAGACAACUCUCUCUCUUCAUUCCACUUGCUCUGUAUAGGCAGGGAUACAUUUAAUCCUACCAUGUUUCCCUUUGCAAAAAAUUCUGAAAUAGGAACACAGUUGGAAAAGGGAAAAUUAAUUACUUCCCAAGUUAGACUUUGAUGAAGAUAUUAAAGAAUAUUCAGUUGUUAGCUCACAAUCAAUGCAAUUUUAAAACAGGAGGAUAAUGAAAUCAGAAUUUUAAAAUUUAUUUAUUUCUUCAAUAUGGUUUGAGGUGGCCUCAGUGGCAGAAUGGUCUGAGAGAUUGAUUUACUGUAUCACUAGUUUAUCAACACUGAGGUUGUGAGUUUGAACCCUGCACAUAGCAGGUCCUUUGUACUCCAAUCCUUAUUGACUAGAAUUUUCGGUUUUCCUGCUGAAGGUUGUGGUUCUCUCCUGGCAUUGCGGCUUCUUCCUCUGACCGCCAUGAUAUAGCCAAUAGUGAUCAAAGUGGCACUAAAACACCAACAAUCAAUCAAUCAAUUGAUUUGACGCUUUUAAUGUAGCUGUCUCUUGCCCAAUGAGAUUCUUCCCGCCAUUUUUAUGUCAGCCAAUCUAUUGUCUUAGUUCUUAUUUUGUACACAUUGUCAGUGAUUUAAUACAUUACGUUGUGAUUUUCAUUCAUAUCUUAUUGUAACUUACAUGUAUUUGUUAAAUACCAUCUAUUACUUGUCAUAUUUUUCACUUUCUUAGAAGUAAGUUUUUCUUCAAUGUUAUGACAAUGAAUUAUAAUAUUAUCAAGUACUAAUAUUUGUGAACAACAAGUUUUGUAAUUUGUGGAGAGAAAAAAAUACAUCCACGCAGGUCAUUGUGUUGUGACUUCAGAUCUUGCACAAACAAAUUGAUGGAAACAUUUAUUUCUAUUUGGUAGAAAAAUUAAAUCAAAGAAUCUGUAACAAUUGGUACUACAUGAGAACAUUUUUUAGUAUUGUCAUAGUAAUUGUGCUUUUUCUAAUACACCUUAUCGCUAUUUGUCCGCCAUUACUGGACAUCACAAAAGUUCCCGUAAAAUGUUGACGUCAUAAUCAUGAUAAUAGAAAAUAUCUGACGCCACAAUGGAAAAGUGAUUGUUGUAUGACGUCAAAAGUUCAAGCGGGACAGAUUCUCGGGUCAAGCGGGAAUAGCGAUAAGGUGUAUCAGUAUAGUACAGUAUAUCAUACAGAUAUAUUUUUAUAUUGUUUGCCAGGGUAAACACAUUGCUCUUAAUGGUAUGUUAUAUUUUAAAUAUUUUUAAAUGCAUAAUAUUCCUUAAAAAAACAUUGAAAAAAUUGAUUAUAAAUCACCUGUCUUAUAUGUCCGCAUUGAGAGACUCUUUAUAAAAUGUCUAUAACUUGUUUGUGUAGUUUCAAAAUCAAGAACUAUUUAUAUCUUCUUAUGUGAGUAGCUAUAGUGAUUUGUCCUUUCUCUCUCGUGGGCCUCGGUGAUCGAGUGAUCUAAGUAGUCGAACUACUGUAUAUGUGUCACUAGCCCGUCAACACUGAGGUUGUGAGUUUGCAUCUGGCAAGUGGCAGGUGCGCUUGACUCCAAUCAUAAUUGACUAGGAUUGUCAGUUUUGCUACUGAAGUUUUGUGAUUCUCUCUGGGGACUCCGGCUUCCUCCACAAGUAAAAAAAAAUGACCGUCACAAAAUAGCACAACAGUGCUGAAAGUGGCGUUAAACACCAUCAAUUGAUCAAUCAAUCAAUCAAUCCUCAAGUCUCAGUCCAUUGAACAAGUUGCCAAACCAAACAUCACACAGUUAACAAAAAAAAUGGAAUGAAACUCAACAUAUAGACUUCAUACUAUUGACCAAAAACUUCAUACUAUAGUCAUCCCUCUUUUGUUCAUUGCUCUGACCACAUGAGUUUUGAAGUUCCUAUUUGUAUGACUCUAAGUGUUGAAAAUGUUUAAAUGUUUCUUAUCACAGAAUGACAAAUUUGAAAUAAUUAAGGGUCACGCCAUGUCAUUUCAUCAUAACAUUUAAUGGUGCAAUUUCAUAUAGUAUGAAAGCUAGUUACAUAACCAUGUAUCAGUAAUAGAAAAUGUAUUUUAAGCUGUAAGCAAUAGAUAGCAUUUAAGCUUAAAGUCAUCACGUUUAAAGACAUUUAUCUGUCUCAGAUAUGAAUUGUUGAUGCAUAAUACAAUGAAUAGUAUUCAUUUAUAUAAAAACGUUAACAUUAAAAUUCAUUGACAUUUCUUAUGAUUUAAAUAAUUAAUAUUUCUCUGCAAUAGUAUUUAACACAUCUGAAGGAAUGCGAGUCUUGGCAUUUGUAUUCCCUGUGAACAAUAUACCUCUUAACUUUUGUACUCCUUGGGAAAAUGUUAGUCAUGGCAUUUGGUUUCCCUGUGAACAAUGUACAUCUUAACUCUUGUACACCGUAUGGAAAAUGUAAGUCUUGAAACUUUAAAACCCUGUGAACAAUGUUAAUAUUUACAUUUUCAUCUAUAAACUUGUACACCCUGUAACAUUGAAAGUCUUGUACACCCUGUGAAAACUGUUAAUUUCCCUGUUUGUCACGUACUGUAUUAUAUUCCUGUUAAAAAAAUAAAAUUUUACGGGAAAUUCUGGUAAAAAUAAAAAGAAAAGAAAUUUGUUCUUAGUUUUUAAAAAGCACUCCUACUUCCAAUACAGAUUUUUGUAGAGCCUUGCAAAGGAAAGGGUAUAUAGCAAUUCUGUUAGUUUUCGUCAAUAUUUAUUUUCAGUCUGUGGCUGAGGAUUUUUUAAACAUCAAUGGCUUUAUGAAAAUUUUAUGGAAUGUUAUGAAACGUGAUAAAAAAAAAGAUUAGAUUAGAGUGUGUUACUUUACUUGGACAGAAGCUUUUCUUAAUAAAAAAUAGCAUCUGUAAAACAAAUUGAACGUUUUUUUUAUAUUUAUCCUUAUUUACUGGUAUAUAUCAAUAAAUUCACCUAGUUUUUGGCAGUCAACAUUACACUUUUAUACUGACAGCAGCAAUCCCAGGUGAGACACAGGGUUCUAUGGAACUCUUUACAAGUUCACUAAUGUCCUCUUGAUCUAUACUCAUCUCUUUCAUAAGGAUAUAGGUUGUUACUUCAACACAUUGCAAAGGAUAUUAAACUCAAUCUCUGAGUUUUAAUUCUCACCUUGACCUCAAAAUCAAUAAGACUUAUAUUGUCUUAUAAAAUACUUUUACCAAAUGAGAUUAGAUCUAAUUUCCUAAUGCUUGUAAAGAAAAACUUUGGUUGGCUUGCUUGCUUUAUUUGUAUAAACGUUUACCCAAGCUUUGUAAUUAAGAUUGACAUCUUCAGACAAUAUAUAUAGGCAAAGUUAAACCUGUAUAUAUUAUAUUUAAAUUUGAUUGGACGUUAUCCCAAUUACAAUUGUACAAUAUACAAACAAAGCAAGCAAGCUAACCAAACCCUUGCUCUGCAUGCAUUAGGAAAUUAGCUCUAAAAAGUCUAUGAAUUUAACAUGAUAUGCCAAUGGAUAUAUCAAAGCUAUCUAAAAUUAUGUGACUUAUUUAUUAAGAGUUUGUAAAUAAUGAGAUAACUAUCUUGUUUGUGCUGUGAAUAAAUGUUAACUGUAUGUAUUAAAACAAGUGUUUUUGAAUUGCUUUGUGUAGAUGUUGGAAUUGGGUUUAGUGUAAUUGGUUACUUUCUAUGAAAGUAAGCUUUGAAUAUUAGCAUCUUGUUGCUAAGCAUAAAUGUAAUUAUUGUAAUCUUAAAGUUUUAUUGAUGAUCUGAAUGUUAACACAUAGUUAUGGGUACUUUGUUGCUUUGUUUGAAUGUUACAUUGCAUUCUGGGUAUUUUCAUUGUAAGCCAGUAAAUAUGAUCAUUGUGCAAUUUAGAUAUCAGGUAUUGUUGUUUGUUGUUUUUUCAUUGUUAUUUUUCAAUAAUUUUAUUUUAUUUUUUCCAUUUCUUUUUUUGUAUCAUUUUUUAAUUCUAGAAAAAAAUCUGAAAUAUGUAUUCAUUUGUUGGAGUAAUUGUUGUGUUUUAUAAAUAAUGUUAUUCAAAAAUUAUAAAGUAUGUUUUUUCCACAGUGGGGAAGGGGUGUAGUCAGCUCUUCUUAUAUAAAGGUAUGGGUCACAUUUUUGGAAUGUCAGAUACAUCAAUGGAGUGCAAUUUUAACCCCAGCCAAAGUCUGUCGCCAAAUUUGUAUGUUAAAACUGACCCCCCCCCCCCCCCCCCCAAACUAUGUUUUUUUUCAAAAAGGGUUAUGCAUUUGUUUUUGUUUUGGAAUUGAUAUCUUGGGAUAUUUGUUUUUAAUUUGAGCAUGUCAUGGGGAAUGUAUAUUGAGCCUCUAUGAAAUAGCUCAAGCAGGAAGGGUUUCAGGUUAAAAAAAAAUCCAUUGUUUAGGAUACUGAUAACCUUUUACAACAUGUACAAGUUUUUGAUUAACAUUUUGUCUGGUCUGCAACAUUUUGUCGCAGAAUAGAGACCUAGUGAUCCUACACUCUGUCGUCUGCAUUGGUGUCAGUAUCAACAUUUAGGUUCAGUAAUAAACUUUUGUUAGAUAUCAAUAACUUGGUCAACAUUUGAUGGAAUUAUUCCUGUAUUUUACUUAUAAAUCUACUUAGUUUUUUGGCAAUUAACAUUACAAUUGUACACUGACAGCAGCAAUUGCAAGUGAAACAACAGGUUCCGUGGAAACCUUUACAAUUUUUUUUGAAAAUAUUACCCAGGAUGCUUCAGAAUAUGAAUGCUAAAUAGAGUGCAUGAUUUGUUAUUUCCUCUUUAGAAAUAAUUAUGUUUAGAACUAAUAAAAAGAACAGCAUAUGAUAUAGAAGUUUAUACAUAAAAGUGCUACAAUAAUAAUACUUAAAACUAGUGUUCAGAUGGAUAGACUAGUCAGUUUAUUUAUUAACGUUUAUAGAGUUUAGAAGUUUUGCUCUAUUUUUUUAUGAUAAAUGUAUUAUAACUUAUUAUUAUUUAUAUAUAUUCAUUUAUCAGAGUCAGAUUAAAUAUUCAUAACUGAAACAGAAAAAUAAAACAACAUAUGAUUAAGAAUCUACAGUAUAUUGAAUUUAUGUUUUUCAUCAUUUUCAUACAAAUAUAUGUAAGUUAUUUUAGUUAUUGCAGGCAGUAUGUGUAUUCAUGUAUAUGAUGAUAAAAAUGUUAAAACUUAUGAAGAAACUUUUAAAUGUUCAAUGAAAAAUGUACCAAUAUUUUGAAAAUAUGAAAAACAUUGACUUAAGACACUUUACAGAAUACAAUUUUUGUGUCAGAGUGAACUAAAACUAUAUAUUAACUCAUUUAAGGGUCUGGAUGGGGCAUUUCUGUAUUCUUUAAUGCAUUAGUUAAUAUUUCUCUAUUGUUAAUAAUUUUUGCCCAUUGUUCUCUAUUUUGAUUUUUUUGGCCUAUGUUCUCUAUACUUUAUUUUUGUUCCAUUUAUCUGCAAUAUUGGUCUAUUAUUCUAUAUUCUGUAAACUUCAUCCAGACCAUCUUAUGUAUAUUGUGACAACAAUUUAAUGCAAAACAGUUAAAGGGGUAAAAAAAAAGACAAAAUUAAAAAUGCAGGCCAAUUGUUUUUCCAGUAACCCUGAUCAUUAUUCAUAGGCAAGAGAACCAAUUACAAUUCAGAUAAAUAUUUCACAAAUAAUAAGUAUUUCUUUUUAAAUUUUUUGUGUAUAGAUGAUGCAAACAAGUUUAAGAUGUACUGAAUGUAUACUUUUUUAAUUAAUUAAACUUAGAAUUUGAGAUUGGCAUUAUAAACUAUAACUUCAAGUGAUUGUCCCUUUUAUGCUUGAUUGAGAUGUAUACUUUAAGCCAGAAAUAUAUCAGGUUUUUAUGAGUCUGAUCAUUCCAUGAAAUCUGUCCAUACCUUUUUUGCUAGUCUUCAUUUACAAGAUAUAUGCAGUUAUGCGUACUUAAGUAAAAGACAGUUGUAAUAACUAAACAGAAAGUAGAAAUAUCAAAUUAAAUGUUGAAAUGUGAAAA